GUUGAUGCUGGUCCUGCUGGAGCUGAUGAUCUGAACCAGUCUGUCAGCCACCGAGCUCCCCCUCCUCCAAACACAACCACUGCCCAUGUCCUGAUCCCAGUGGUCCAGUUUGUCUGUGGUGACUGGUUGGCUGGCUGUUCCAUAACACUCUCAUUGGCCCUGGGACUCCUCUUCUACGUGACCACACCCCUUCCUUCACAUCCAAUCCCAACAUGGAACCACCCAAGGUGCAGCAGCCAGGCGAAGGAGGCCUCAACGUCACCCUCACCAUCAGGCUUCUGAUGCACGGCAAGGAGGUUGGAAGCAUCAUUGGAAAGAAAGGAGAGACAGUGAAGAAGAUGCGUGAAGAGGUAAGUGCAAGCGGUGCACGCAUCAACAUCUCUGAGGGAAACUGCCCAGAGCGGAUAGUUACCAUCACCGGACCCACAGAUGCCAUCUUCAAGGCCUUCGCCAUGAUCGCAUACAAGUUUGAAGAGGAUAUAAUCAACUCUAUGAGCAACAGUCCAGCCACCAGCAAGCCUCCUGUCACCCUGCGUCUGGUUGUCCCAGCCAGCCAAUGUGGCUCCCUCAUAGGGAAAGGAGGCUCCAAAAUUAAAGAAAUGAGAGAGUCCACAGGUGCUCAGGUACAGGUCGCAGGGGACAUGCUGCCCAACUCCACUGAACGAGCAGUCACCAUCUCAGGAGCCCCGGAAGCCAUUAUCCAGUGUGUCAAGCAGAUCUGUGUUGUCAUGCUAGAGGUAGAGUGUGGAGGGAUGAAGGAGGAGGGUCAGUCCUCCCGGGAAUACACAGGAAAAUACAUUCACACAGACCUUAGGAAUCAGCUAGAAUGUACAACGUGGAUGUACAAUUUUUUUUACAGUCUCAAACAUCUUGGUCUUGGUCAGUAUAGACCAUGGGACAAAAUGAUUAUAACAAUGUUGUAGAUGAUGGCUUCCCAGGUUGCAAUGAUAUAGCCGACCUAUGAGGUAAAAUCAUGUGAUUCCAGUUGUCAGUGUGCUCUUAGACACAACACCUAUUUCACGUCACUGCAUGCAUCCACAGUAAAGAACAAUAGUGUGAUGUAGUGAGUGUCACAGACAGUCUUCUCCCAAGGCACUGUCCCUCAGUCUACAAAACCUCUUCCUGUCUUCUCUUCUUCUCUUCUUCUCUCUCUCUCUCUCUGUCUCUCUCCCGCUCUCUCGCUCUCUCUCUGUCUGUCUCUGUCUCUCUGUCUCUUUUUCUCUCGUGCUCUGUCUCUGUCUCUUUGUUUCUCUUUGUCUCUCAUGCUCUCUCUGUCUAUCUAUCUC